UGAUAAUCUUGUGGUAGCAUUUCGAGACUAACGGCCUACGGGUAACAUCGUGUGUCGUUCUAGUAAGAAACCGUGGCAAUGACAUCGUUUCGAGGUUUUACGUUCAACAUAUCGAUUUGGCUAUGCACUGUUUUAUUUAUAACUGUUCCGAACCAAGUUAAGUCACACUCGUCGACGAGACAUAAUCACGGUAUGCACGGGACCCAUGGUACAUCACCUUGCACGACCACCGAAGCGACAAAUAGUAACAAUAAUCAAUCUGUUCCACAAGAACAGAAAGUUAACGUCAAUGGAGUAAAUAUAAAUUACUUGCGUGUUGGAAGCGGUGAACAUGUUGUUCUGCUACUGCCCGGAGCGAUGGGUACAAUCUGGAUGAACUAUAGACCGCAAAUAGAGGGUCUCAGUAAAGAGAAGUUCACCAUAAUUGCAUGGGAUCCUCCAGGCUAUGGAAAGUCAAGGCCACCCGACAGGACGUUUCCAUUGAAUUUCUUUCAUCGCGACGCAGCUUGGGCUCGCGAUUUAAUGAAAACUAUAGGCUACGAGAGAUUUUCGUUGGUAGGAUGGAGCGACGGCGGCAUUACUGCCAUGAUAAUGGCCGCCAAGUAUCCCGAAAAUAUUCGAAAGUUGAUAAUCGUUGCAGCGAACUCGUAUAUAUCACCGCGAGAAAUGGAAGAGUACGAAAGUGUUAGAAACAUCGACACUUGGCCGAACGAGCCACGACAACCAUUGGUAGAUUACUACGGUGAGGAGUAUUUCCGAAAAACCUGGGCAUCUUGGGUCGACGGUUUCAAGAAUAUUUACGAAAAACGAGAUGGUAACUUGUGCAAAGAAUUGUUGCCGGACAUCAGAUGCCCUACUUUGAUCGUACAAGGAAGUAACGAUGAAGGUGUUCCUCCCGAGCAUCCAGUGUAUUUGAGAGAUCACAUUGCUGGAGCAAAGAUGAGAAUAAUCGACAACGGAGUACACCCUGUGCAACUACAGUUUCCAGAGCUAUUCAACUCUAUCGUUACCAACUUUUUAACCGAAUAAUCCGUCGAUACCAAGGUUCAUUUUUAUACGUUCUGUACUGUUAAUUGUAUUUUUGUAAACGAAAGUCUCCUGUCACGAUUGGGCGUUAUACAUAUGUAUUAAAGCGAUGCUCGCAAUACAGACACGUACUGUAAUACUGCAAGCAUGUAAAACAA